AUCAAGCACCUAGGCAUGCAGAAUGCUUCUACAAACAUUUGUGAAAUAAUGGGUCACUCUCAGGAGCUCAGUGAAUUCAAGCGUGGUAACAUGGUAGGUUGCCACCUGUGCAAUAAGUCCAUCCAUAAAAGCCGUGAAAUUUCCUUGCUACUUAAUAUUCUGCGGUGGUAUUAUAACAAAGUGGAAGCAACUGGGAACAGCAGCAACUCAGCCACGAAGUGGUAGGCCACGUAAAAUGACAGAGCAGGGUCAGCAGAUACUGAAGUGCACAGUACGCAGAAGUUGCCAACUGUCUGCAGAGUCAAUUGCUAAAGAUCUCCAAACUUUGUGUGGCCUUCAGCUUAGCGCAACAACAGUGCAUGGAGAGCUUCAUGGAAUGGGUUUCCAUGACCGAGCAGCUGCAUCCAAACUUUACAUCACCGAGUGCAAAACAAAGCGUUGGAUGCAGUGGUGUAAAGCACACCACCUCUCUUGACUCUAAAGCAGUAUUUUCCUGACUGCACUGUGCCAAGUGUAAAGUUU